CAUCAAUUCACAACGCAAGAUCCUUAACGUAGCGAUAGCGAGAGAGAUGGAUUUUUUCUCUCUAGAUUCUGUUUUCCAAGAAGAAGGAGAAAAUUUCUGGGAUAUGAUCGCCGGUGACGUCUCCGGCGAUGGUGACGGUGACAAAACCGUAGGUGUACCAAACAGAAGCGCCUUCAGGUCAUACGUGAGGGACCAUGAACAGAGGAUGGUAUCGUCUUCAUCAACGGUGAACGUGAAGAGGAGAAUGGUGAAUCUUCUGAGAAAGAAUUGGGAGGAGAAGAAAAUUGUAGCAGUGCCGGAGAAGGAGAGAAGCCGGCGACAUAUGAUGAAAGAGAGAACGAGAAGAGAGAAACAAAAACAGAGUUACUUAGCUCUCCAAUCACUAUUACCUGCCACUAAGAGUGAUAAAAAUUCGAUUGUUGAAAAGGCCGUUGAUCAGAUUAGGAAAUUAGAAGGAUUAAAGAAAGAACUAGAGAGACAAAAGAAUGUGUUGGAGGCAAAAUCAGCACGGGAGCAUGAUGGAAUGAAUGGAACAAAGGUUAGGUUUAAUGUACAAGAACCUUUGUCGGGGAUCGAUUCAGUUGUAGAAGUUCUUCAGUGUCUUAAAUCAAUGGGGACAAAUCUCAACGCGGUCCAAGCCAAUUUCUCUCCACACGAGUUCUCAGCGACCAUGAACAUCGAGACUCAGAUAAGAGGAGAAGAGGUGGAAAAAAGAGUACAGAAAAGACUCCAGGAAACUGAAUGGAAACUCCUUUUUCUCCCAGAAGCUUCGUUUCUCAGAGACUAGUGACUUCUUUUGUUUUGACUUUCUUUUAUUCAUUCUCGUUCUUCUUAAUUUGGUAGAUCACUAAAAAUUGGCACUGCUUUGUUGACAAAACACGUAAGCAUAUAGGGUCAAUAGACUCAAUACCUGUAUGUUUUGUCUCUACUAUAUGAAUCAGUCUGAAACAGUGGGCCAUCCAUUUACUUUCUUUUUCCACAAAAUGAAAUAAGUAUAUGGCCAUCUAUUAUGUAAUUGAAAUGUUAAUAAUUGUAUACAAAAUAUAGGUAUCUUAACUAUUAUGUUAUUCUCCAACUUAAUAGUAUAUUAACGUUACGGUCA